CCAGCGGUUGUUUGACCCUCCUCGCGUCCCGUAGCGGGCCUGCUUCCGCUUCUGCCAUUUCUGCGCAGCCGCCAAAUUGUCCGCGUCGGGCCGUGAGUGAGGAGAAUGGGACAAAGCCAGAGUGGUGGACAUGGUCCUGGAGGUGGUAAAAAGGAUGACAAAGAUAAGAAGAAGAAAUAUGAGCCUCCAGUUCCAACCCGAGUGGGGAAGAAGAAGAAGAAAACAAAGGGUCCCGACGCUGCGAGCAAGCUUCCACUAGUAACCCCUCACACCCAGUGCAGACUGAAACUGCUGAAAUUGGAAAGAAUUAAGGAUUACCUUUUGAUGGAGGAAGAAUUCAUCAGGAACCAGGAACAGAUGAAACCUUUGGAAGAAAAGCAAGAGGAAGAGAGAUCAAAGGUGGAUGAUCUCAGAGGAACCCCUAUGUCUGUGGGGACACUUGAGGAGAUCAUUGAUGAUAAUCACGCCAUCGUGUCUACAUCUGUGGGAUCUGAGCACUAUGUCAGCAUUCUCUCCUUUGUAGAUAAAGAUUUGCUAGAGCCCGGAUGUUCAGUUCUACUUAAUCACAAGGUCCAUGCUGUAAUAGGAGUACUGAUGGAUGACACAGAUCCUUUAGUUACAGUGAUGAAGGUGGAGAAAGCCCCACAGGAGACAUAUGCAGAUAUUGGGGGCUUAGAUAAUCAGAUUCAAGAAAUCAAGGAAUCUGUGGAGUUACCUUUGACUCAUCCAGAAUAUUAUGAAGAGAUGGGUAUAAAGCCGCCCAAAGGAGUAAUUCUGUAUGGACCACCUGGGACAGGUAAAACAUUGUUAGCCAAAGCAGUGGCAAAUCAAACAUCUGCUACUUUCCUGAGAGUGGUUGGUUCUGAGCUUAUCCAGAAGUACUUGGGAGAUGGUCCAAAGCUUGUUCGGGAACUGUUUCGAGUGGCUGAGGAGCAUGCCCCAUCAAUUGUCUUCAUUGAUGAAAUUGAUGCCAUAGGUACCAAAAGGUAUGAUUCAAACUCAGGUGGUGAGAGGGAGAUCCAACGAACAAUGCUGGAGUUGUUGAACCAACUGGAUGGGUUUGACUCGCGUGGAGAUGUCAAAGUGAUCAUGGCCACUAACAGAAUAGAAACACUAGAUCCAGCCUUAAUCAGGCCAGGUAAAAAACUGUGUCACAUAGUUUUCUGUUUCUCAUUUCACACCUUACAUUUAAUUUUUUGAAAUUUUGGGACAAUC